AUGGCGACGGGGCCAGAGGACCCGUCCCGCCGGCUGCCCGCGUCCGAGCCAAAGCAGGUGGCGCUGGGCCUCGACCUCGGCACCACCAAUAGCUUCGCGGGAAUGGUGAAGCCGGGGUCCACGGUAGUCAUUCCAAUCUCGCCGAGCCCCGAGCCCUCCGGCGUGCUGCUGGUCCGCAGCGGCGACGCGGACGCCUUCGAGCGGCACUACGGCAACGACGCGGUCGCGCGGUUGCGCAUCCACACCGCGCACCCCAGCUCUCAGAAGUGCGUGGUGUACAUUACGGAUGCGAAGCGCGCCGUCAUGCGCGUCCGCGACGACGGGCGUCGUCGGGGCCGCGGCCACGACGACACGCAGGCAGUAUCGGAGGACGUCGUCAGGGCGAUCGAGGCGCAGCCCGGGGUGACGGUGGGCUACACGCCUGCGGGAUUCCUCGUCAUGAGCUGUGGGGGGGGCACGUCGCUCGCCCCGCACGACGUCUUGGCCGGCGUCAUGCGGUAUUGGAAGGGUCUGGCGGUUAGCAAGCUGACGAGUAACGAGAAAAUCGGUCUCGUCGUCGUUACGGUGCCACACAGCUUCGACGAGGCGCAGCGCACUGCGGUGCUGGUGGCCGCCGAGCGAGCGGGCUUCGGCAACGUCCGGUUGCUACCGGAGCCCGUCGCAGCGGCGUACGGCCACGAGCUGCCGAGCGGCGUCGGGGACCGGCCUGCGCAGGAGGAGGCGUGGAUGGUCUUCGACAUGGGCGCCGGCACGCUCGACGUCACCGUGAUGGUGCGCCGCAGCGCCGCCGGGACACGGGAGCAGCUCGGCGCGGAGCAGCCGCAGUCCAAGCGCGCGCGGCUUGACGAGCCGGGCGACGCGGGCGCGGACGAGGAUGAGUUUUCGUACCUGGACGUGGUGUCCACCGCGGGCUCCUCGCGCUGCGGGGGGCGGGACAUCGACGACGCGGUGCGGCGCCAGCUCGAGCUCGCAUACGCCGCCGCGGCCCCGGCGGACCAGCCGCACGAGUCCAGCCCGGAGCUCGACGCCGCGACGUACCAGGAGCAGCGCCUCGCCGCCGAGACGGCGAAGCUCGCCCUCGCGCUUCAAGCGUCUGCGGGGGUCAUGUGGAUCCCCGGCGUAGGGAAGCAGCCCAUCGACGUCAAUAUCUCGCGCGAUGGCGUCAAGACGUCACAGGAGUGGCGCAACCUCGAGCGCCGGAUCGCCGCGACGCUCAGAGAUGCAUGGACGGGAGCGUGCGACAAGCGACCAGGAUUGAAGGACGCCGAGUUAUCGGUCCUCAUGGUGGGGGGGUCGUCGGAGUUCCCCCUCGUCAAGGACGCCGUCGAGGUCGCCCUCGAGCAGCUGCCGCAGGAGCGCGGCCGCCGCCGUGACCGGGCUGCCGCGAAGACCACCGCGUCGAACGCCUGGUGCGCGGACCCGAUGCGCUGCGUCGCCAACGGCGCGGCGAAGUGCGCUCGGCGCUUGCUGGACAAUCCGCACGAGGACGUCUUCCAGGACGUCCUCGCCUUCUCCUUCGGGAUAGAGUACCGCCUUCAGCGCGGGGCACACGCCGUGCAAACGGUGUUCGCGAGGAACACGACGCUGCCGGCGACCACCACGCUGGAGCCCUUCGCGACGUUCGAGGACAACCAGGAGACGGUCGCCUUCAACCUGCUGGCCUACCAGGGCGGCACGUGCGGCAACGCGAAGGACGGUCGUCCUAUGGGCACAUUGGAGAUCGGCGGGCUGCCGGCUCGCGCCAGGGGCAUGGUGGAGUUCGUGCUGACGGUCAAAGUCGGUUCGGACUACUCGCUGCACAUGGAGGCGACGUGGAGCGAGCCGCAUGGCUCCGAAGUCGGAGACAAGCGCGGCUUGGAGCAAGGAGCACGCAGCGCGCCUGGAGGGGGGGAGUCCGGCAGCGCGGAUGACCACAGGCUCAACGUGAACCUCCAUCAGCAGUGGCGCGACGUCUUGGAAAGGACGACCGACAUCCUCGGGGCCACGGUGGUGGCCGCGGCGGAGCCCGGGGCGGCGGCUGCUGCUGCGGCGGAGCCCGGGGCCACGGUGGUGGCUGCCGCGGCGGAGCCCGGGGCCACGGUGGUGGCUGCCGCGGCGGAGCCCGGGGCCGCGGUGGUGGCUGCUGCGGCGGAGCCCGGGGCCACGGUGGUGGCUGCCGCGGCGGAGCCCGGGGCCACGGCUGCGGUGCCUUCGGCGGCGGCGCAGUCCGACCAAGGCCUGCGGGGUCUGCCCGUCCCGCAGCUGCUGACUCUCGCUCGGGAGGGAAUAGACGCGGUGCGCAAACUCUCCCUCACGAAACGCCGCGAGGGGUACGCAGCGCCGGGAGGGGAGAGGAUGUGGAGCGAGGAGCGUCUCCUGAGCCUCCUUGUCAUGCUAGCGCUGUUUCCGAAGGGAACCCACAACAGGUGGGCCACCAUAUCCACCGAGGCUGGAAACCUUCGUGGCUUGCCAGGCGAAUCGCUCUCAGGCCUACACGCGGCGCAGAUCGCGCGCAAGGCAGGAGCUGACUUCGUCCGGGCAUGUGUCGAGCAGAUGCAUGGCCGCUUUCGGAGAGACGGCGACAGCGCAGCAGGCGGACGGGUGGGAGCAGCGCCUGCAGAGGAGCCGGCGCAGCAGGAGCCGGCGCAGCAGGAGCCGGCGCAGCAGGAGCGUGACAUGAAGGCUGUGCCCGAUGCUGAUUGGGCUGAUGCUGGCGCGGGGUCGCUGGGGGGCUUCGGGGACGGCUCCGGCGUUGCGGCGUCGGGGGGCGAGGCUUCUGCGAAGAGCACGGGGGGCGGAGACGUCGCCAUGGACGGUCAAGACGACGGCGACGGGGCUGGGGUCGAGGCACCGGCGGCGGAGGCGGUGCCCGCGGCGGCCGGGAGCGACGAGCGGGCACCGCGGCACGAUGGGGCGGCCCGGACGGCGCCCAGCGGACGCGACACGUCACUUCCCGGGACGUUUGAAAAGGGUGGACCGUCACCCAAGUCCGCCGUGUCGACCGAGGUCCUGGGCCUCGCCGAUCGCGCACUCGCCGACGUUCGGAGCGAGCGGCCCAGCCUGGGCAGGAGGGGGCGCAUGUCGGAAUGGGACGACUACCGUGUGGCCCGUGUCGCCGCGCUGAUGUUCACGCUGCGCGAAACGGGUAAGCGCGUCACGGCGAAGUCGCUUCUGGAUCUCGACGCGAGCGAAGAUCUGCCUUCCCUCGCAGACCUCGACAACUCAGCGGUGACUACGCUCCUGAAGAACAACAGGCUGCUGGCGGCGGUGCUCGGGAAGAUGGACUCCACAUUCACCGCCGCGCAAGAGGAGUUCGCACAGCAGCUCCUCGACCAGCAGGGUGUGGCAGGAGGGAGCGACUACGACGCUCGGAUGGGGAGCGUCGCCGAGCACCUGGACUACUGGUCGCAGGUCUCCCUGGCGGAGGUGCGUGAGGAGCUGGGGAAACAGCGCAAGCUGCACCUCCUGCUCGAGCCGGCGGGCUGGACCCCGCACAUGGAGCGCCGUCUCCUCUGGCUUUUCGGCGUCCACGGCUGGGAUGCUAUGCGCCCAGACGUCCUCCGCAAGUGGGACCAAGGCACCUUGCAUCGCCUGACGGCUACUGGGCAGGAUGAGGCGUGCGCCAGGGUCGCGACAAAGGCGAUCGUCGGGCAUAACGGCGACCUUUUGUUUGGUCCGGCCCUGGGCAAGCUCCAGCACAACCUGCAGGUGGUGCGGGAGGCGUGCAGCGACGCUGACGACCGCGGCAUGCUCUUCGCGACCUUCGACGAGCUGCUGGGCGACGACCCGUUCGGGCCGGUCUGCAAGGGUCGCCAGAUCCUCGCGGAAAGCGGCGAUGGGACUCGGACGACCUAG